ACAGUUUUCAGCUGCACGAUACGUGAACUGAAGGGAUCAACUUAAUUAUGAGUUACCUUAAAUUACUAAAGCCACAGACGAUGGAUAAGGUACGGUGCGAUUUUUCCGCGGGGCUCAAGGUGAUGUUGUUUCGACAGCAACUUAAUGUGACAAACUUUGAAGUUACUACUAAGACAGUAAAGUAUCAGUGUGAAGUCAAACACGAUCGGAACUGUUGCACGUCCAUGCAACGCAGCCAGAGUGGCAUCACGCACGAACAGAUCAUGUCUCUGCUCUGUUCGUGCAAUCUAACCGAUAAAAAGUUCGGAGUCUUGCAGCCGCGCCUCUCUAAACGAGCAAAACGCCACAGGCGGAAAUAGCUGCAAACGCAAGCCAGGACAUUUGUUGCGCACAUUAUGAGGACUCCAUAAGAAACAGAUGCUGCUGCUGCUGCUGCU